UCUCUUCCGCUCAGAUGUCCUUGUAGCUAUGGAAACUCAUCAGCGGCAGCAUCCUCCAGUUUGUCCACCCCGUCGUCUGGACAGCUAAGAUAAAUUUGUAUAUAAAAAAAUCUCUUCAAAAUGGCGAUCCGGCGUCAAAUGCUUUCCUUGGCGCUCUUCUCGUGGCUGUGCAACAGUACAGCUUCUGCUGUUAUUCUCAGAACAACUGAAAAAUCAGUAUGGACAAAUGAAUUUGAGUCGAUUGAGUUGACCUGCUUGAUAGAGUCCAUUUCUACGAACAAUCCCAGAAUUGAAUGGAAGAAAAUUAAAAAUGGUGUACCCAGCUAUGUCUAUUUCCAAAAUAAAAUUUCAGGUGACUUGGAGCACAGGGCUUUGCUGAGAGAGCCUGCAAACCUUCUGAUCCUGAACGCCAGCAGAUCGGACACGGCUCAGUAUCGCUGUGAGGUGGCGGCCAUCGACGACCAGAAGCCCUUUGAUGAAAUACUAAUCAGUCUCGCUGUAAGAGUGAAGCCGGUGAUGCCCAGGUGUAGUGUGCCGGAGGCGGUUACGGUGGGUUCAAGCAUUGAACUGCGCUGUAUUGAGAACGAAGGCUUUCCACAGUCACAGUAUCAGUGGUUCAAAAACAACGAAGAGCUGCCAGAAGACCCAAGAACCAGCAGCAAGUUCUACAAUUCUUCAUACACCAUGAACACUGAGACUGGUUCACUGAAAUUGCGGUCGGUGAAGAAAGAGGAUGCAGGUGAAUACUAUUGCCAGGCCAGAAACGAGGCAGGAUGGUCAAAAUGCAGUCCUCAGAUCAUGGAAGUGUAUGAUCUGGACAUUGUUGGAAUAUUCCUGAAGGUUUUAGGUGGAGUGGCAGCGUUUAUAUUUGUCAUUGUGGGGAUCUGUCAGAUUCAGAAAAGCGGCUACUGUUCCUGCAAAGACCACAGGGAAACCGAUUACAAAGUACCCCAGCAUGACAACAGGAUGGACUACACCCGUCCAGAUGAGGGGCAUUUCCGCCACAAGUCCUCCUUUGUCAUUUAAAAUUAAAAAGGAAAAGGAGACGAGCACUUAAGCUGUGUGAAGGCCUUGCGAGCUGACUUCUGAACUGUCAAAUUGUGGAUUUUACGCAGAGGUGCGACUUGAGCGUCAUGGCUUGCCAAAGUUAUUACAGAAAGGAAAACUACUGUGUUAAACAGGGAAUUUUUACUCCCCUUAUUUUGAUUUCAAACAAACACAGGUUUACUUAAAACUCCACAGUUUAUAUAGAAAAGUGACAUUCAGUCGAACAAAACUACGAUUUAUCGCUAUUACAUGCAUCUUGUUCAGUAACAAAUCAUUGUUUCAGCAAAUUGAAAAGGACUGAACUUAAGAAGUAACAUAAAAGAUGUUUUUUUUUUUUUCAAUUAAUUGUGAAUUUCUGAAGAUCAGUUGCUGUUCAAAUUAUAGCUAGGUUGCAACUGCAUCCAGGUGCUGCUGUAUUUUUGCCCUAAAGUAGUCAACACAUAAUACCAGUGCAAGAAUUGACAUUUCUUCAAGGUAAAUAUUAUAUUUCCCGCUGGAAUUAUAAUGUGUGACUAUCCUGUCAGUGUAAAUGUGUACAAUGCCAUGCCAAGACUGUUUUAUCUGGGUCACUUUUGAGAAGAGGAUUUUAUGUGUUAGUGUUUCAGUAGUAGUUAUUGAGUUGAUGCACUAUACAUUUGUAGCCUUUUAGUUUGAGAUUCAAUCUCCGUAAAGUCAGUAGACUUGGUUGUGCAAGAUGAUUCAUUUACUUAGUUUCAUUUUUGAAAUAUCCCUCUAGAUACAGAUCACGCACUUGUGGGUUUUUCAGAGUGCCAUUUCUGUGUUUAAGUGACCUUCAAUGCUUUCUAAUUGUUUUAUACGUUUUGGACAUAUUGUCCAGGUUUUUUCACUCUGUGUUAUUGUUUUAAUCUGUUUAUAAUGUCUAGGUAUAUUGUAGUUCACUCCAGAGUAGUAGUUAGACUGUGGGCCGUGUCACAAGAAUAAAACUGAUUA